AAACAUGAAGACUUUCAAUCUGUGCAUUCUAUUAAGCCUGGCAGUCACAGUUUACUGUGUGCCAUUACAGCAGGUUACUGCGCAAGAUGAGAACUUUGCAGAGAACUACUUGAAGAAAUUCUUCAACCUAACAGAGGAGAGAGGUCCAACUAUCAGACGGGGGAUCAGCCCAGUGAGCAGGAAGCUGAGUGAGAUGCAGAGAUUCUUUGGUCUCCAGAUUACCGGGAUGCUUGACGCUGACACGUUAGAGACGAUGAAGAAGCCCCGCUGUGGCGUUCCGGACAGCAACAUUGCCCAUUUCUCCACUUUUGGAAAUAAUCUGAAGUGGGAGAAAAACAACCUUACCUACAGGAUAGAGAACUACACACCUGACAUGUCUCAGUCAGAGGUAGAUGACUCUAUAGAGAAAGCACUGCAGGUUUGGGCCAAAGUCACUCCUCUGAGAUUCACAAGAAUCUACAGUGGCACGGCUGACAUCAUGAUCUCAUUUGGCCGUCAAGCACAUGGUGAUUAUUACCCCUUUGAUGGCCCUGAUGGAACUCUUGCCCAUGCCUUCGCACCAGCCCCUGGCAUCGGAGGAGAUGCUCAUUUUGAUGAUGACGAGACCUUCACUUUCCGCUCUAACACAGGCUACAUCCUCUUCAUGGUGGCUGCCCAUGAGUUUGGCCACUCCCUGGGCUUGUCUCACUCUAAAGAUCCUGGUGCUCUCAUGUACCCUGUGUACACAUACAGAAACCCAGACACCUUUGUUCUGCCCCGUGAUGAUGUCAACGGCAUCCAGUCUCUCUAUGGUGCAAACCCUGAUAAGGAUCCAUCUGUAGAGGAACCUAGGCCUCCAACUACCCCUGAUGCCUGUGAUUCAACCAUGACCUUGGAUGCUGUGGCCACCCUGCGAGGAGAGAUGCUCUUUUUCAAAGACAGCUUCUUCUGGCGGAGCUACCCUCAGAGCAAUACACCUCAGCAAAGUCUCAUCACAAACUUCUGGCCCAAUGCUCCCACCAACAUCAAUGCCGCUUAUGAAAGCCAACAGUCAGACAAACUCUUUCUCUUUAAAGAUCAAAGAGUAUGGGCUUUCAGUGCCUAUGAUCUUGAACGUGGCUAUCCCAAAUCAAUUUCCAGUUUCGGUCUGCCCAGAAGCGUGAAGAAAAUUGAUGCAGCACUUUAUGAUGUUGAAUCUGGCAAGACUCUGUUUUUCGUAGGCAGCAAUUACUACAGUUAUGAUGAGGCCACAAAGAAGAUGGACCAGGGAUUCCCCAAGAGAGUGGAUCAGACUUUCUCAGGCUUGACUGGCAAGGUGACUGCAGCUUUCCAGUACAGAGGUUUCACUUACAUCUACAGUGGACCCUACAUGUUUGAGUAUAGCUUGAGGACUGGGAGGUUGUUCCGUGUGCUGAGGAACAGCUACUUCCUGCGCUGCACUAACUACUAGAGCAGUUUACCAGCUAAGCUGUUUAUGUCACCAAUCUGAAUGACAAUAAGGGCAACAGAGUUAAAGUGUCCAUAAUAAUACAUCUAACAAUUAAUAAUAAUAUUGUUAUGGUAUGUUUUAUGGUAUGGCUUUUUAUUUUUAUUUUUUUUUAGAUAAUUUAACAUUAUUUGAUGUUAGUUUAUUUAUGUCAUCUUCAUAAUUUAAUUAUUGCUUUUAUUUUUGUUGCAGUAUUUUUAAUUUUGACUUUAAUGUAGUUAAGCUGUAGAAUUUUGGAGCUAAUACAUAAAUUAAUUUUGAAACAUUGUUACAACUGUGCAUGUCUACACAGCUUUAUUCACCACUGUGACAAAAUUAAUGUAUGCCAAUGUUUAAAAAAACAAACAAAUGUGACACAGUGAUACAAAUUAGCACCUAAAAUGAGCAAAUUAAAGUUGUUUAAAUACA